GUUUUGUAGCUGACUGCACCCGUACUCUAUACACCUUAUACCAAUGUCGAUAAUAUUCACACCGCAUGACGGCGGUGAUGUGCAGCAGUUGGCACUGCUACCCGAAUAUUCGGAUGAUGCACUAGCCGAGAUUAUACGAAACUUUUUUCCUGAGCUCCUUGGAUCUCCCCUACCACCAAAGCCUCGUUCCAGCUCGGCUGCUCCGUCAAAUUCGUCCAACAUGUCUUCGGAGGAGACUCUGUAUGAAGCUACCAAUAUACAGGAGGAUCAUUACAUGCAUUGCGAGUCGUGUCAGUACGAUGAAGAAUGCGAUGCGCAUCCCUACACAGUUGAUGCAUCUCACGAGACGUUAUGCGAAUUUGAUGCCGGGUAUCUUCAAGUUGAUCCAUGUUUCUCCCUCCCCGUCUCACGAAGAGGUUCCCAUGUUCGCCAUGGCUCAGAAAACAAUGACCCAGCGCAGUCACAACAUGUUCGCCAUCACUCUGAGAAUGCAGAGACUGGGACAACACACAAUCGCCGUUCCUCGGCUUCAAACCAUAUUUCAUUUCCAUGCUUUGUGCGGGGAUGCAACAAGGUCUAUACAACGGGGGCAGGACUACGAUACCACCUUAAAACGAUCCACAAGACGAUUACGCCACGUGCGGCGAAAAUAAAGGCGACGGAGAAGAAUAUUGUUUGUCCGCGGUGUCCAGACAAGGCCUUUUCAACCAGAGGAGGACUUAAAUACCACGAAAAGACAGUCCACCAGGGCUGGUCGAUACCCCAUCGAGAACUUAAUAUGGAAGAUACGUACUGAACCCAUUAUAUCCUGUACAUUUUAUUAUUAUUUCUUAUCUUAUGCAAAUACAUUUAUGAUUUUAAUGUCGUU